CCUAGACUAUGCAAACAUCUCUUCUUAUAUUCCGAAUGAUGGAUGUCUUAUUCGUGCUGGUAGGCUACCCAACGAACCGACCACAACCCAUGAUACUAACUAACCUUCAACGUGGUCCGGGGUCAUUAAGAGACAUCAGGUUGGGAUUUACAAGCAACCAUUGGAAAUCCCACCCCAAGAAGAAGUCGAUGAGGGUCGCUAUGAUGACUAAGAAUGUCCAAUGAAGGUGUUACCACCAAUGCCUGGUAACAUAUUCCUCCAUUACCUCGAACAUGCAAAGAGAAUGGCAAGCAGCAAGAAAGAGAUGCAGCUGUACCAUGCGGACAGCACGUUCCUUAACCGACUGCCCAAGAGAUUAGAACAAAGUAUCUUCUUCGGCGAGGCAACGGCAAAUGCAAAUAUCUCGUAUGGUUGGGGAAUCUAUAUCGUCGACCGUCCCAGCAUAUUCGCACAGAAUUUGGUUACGGGAUUGGUGGCAUUCGUCAGCGCUAUCAUAUGCCUGGUAAUAUUUGGUAUCAUUUGGGCUACCUCGGGUCGUGAUGAUGCCAUCGGGAUAGGCCAAUAUGCAACAGGGGUGCUGACGCUUCUCAAUACGGCUGUUUAUUUCUAUAUCCAGGCAUACUGCAGUUCUCUUUCCCGACGCAAUUGAGUAUUCAUGCAUAGGCUCCUAGUGAGCGGACCUUGGAAUAUCUUGUUGGGAGUAUCGGCGUACUAGAUUCAACUUUGACGACUUUCUGAAUGGCGGGGGCGGGGCUGUGCUUGGAUCGGUAGAGGCGGUCGCAGGACUGUCGCGGGCGGACACAAUUGGGAAGUUGAGCCUUUCUUUAAACGAUGAUGUGAUCUUGUCAAUUCAGAAAUCCCCUAUAGUCUACUGACAGUCUUUACAAGAUAGGUAGGUUAUCUAUCAACCCGAAGCACAUACGUAACUACGGUAGGUACCCUUGAUAACUAUCAUUGUAUCAAUCUCCGCGAGUUUUUUUCUGG